CCAGCCCCCUAGAUUUACCUUUGUAGGGGUUAAGAACAUCCUGAAAAGCCUUCCCCCUCAGAGGAUCAAUUGGUUAGAAUAGUCUUAGUUGGAAGAAGCCAAGCUUUAUAAUUAAAUGGUGAACAGAGACACUGGUUUCCAAAUGCUCAUCAGGGUUCAGUGGUACAAAGCUGGCUGCAGAUGUGGCUCCUUGGUAAAAAUGCCCAUUCUCGAAGGCUCAGUGGUGCUAUUUCAGUCUGUGCUAGUUUGCCUGUGGCCUAGGAAUCUGUAUUUUGAGACUUCAACUUUUCCACUCUGCAAAUUUGGUAAAUCUAUAUGUUUAUGUGAAGCUUUAUUGAAAAUGAGCACCAACUUGUCAUUGCUGACCUACUCAUAGUUUGUCUCAGAUUCUGUUAUUGCAUAGAUUUGCAUACCUGUUUUAUAGUAUUUUAAUACUGUUGGUUUAAAAAAAAAAAUACCAUUUCCUCUGAAUGCUGUUUUGAAUGUUUUAUGUAAGCAAUUUCGUAUGUUCUUUUUUUCCACUUGCAGAAAGCAGGGAAAAACUUGAAAGUUUUUCUAAUCCAGUUGCAAAUAGGACAAAGGAUAUAAGAACUUAAAGAUCAUCUAUUAAAAUGUAUGAAAAGGCAGAAAAUCUGCUUUCCACACCAUCAGAUGUGGGUGUGUGCUGUUGAAGUGAGCUCAAGUUAUAGCAUAAUGGGGGGAAUGUGUUUUUAGCUUCAUUCACUGAAGAUGUGCAAGUCUCUUCUUACAGGUUUGAAUCUUCAGACAGACUUCUGGGAAGAUUCCAUACCUACCCUGCAGCUGAUGUUUCCUGUCACCCAGUAGACAGUCUGGUGAUCCAGGACAUGCCUCAGCUCUAGUGAUGCAGGUGACCUUCCUGCUCCUGAAUCUCAUCUGUGCCUCAGACUUUCUCCCCCAGCUUGAGACUGCGUAUGAACUGGGAUUUGGGGAAGCAGGGAGCAGAGCUAGUGGUGACUGAGGGGCCCACAGGGCUGCAUCUCCCUUGCUCUGGAGUUCAGCUGCAGAGACUCUGCUAAUGUGCCCGGCACCAUCCCUCCUCCUUUUGUGCUUAAAUGGCACAGCAUUUGGGCAGCAUAUCUGAAAAGGAAAGUGUGAGAAGCAAAGCCCAUGGCCACGUUCCCCUGCCAAUUAUGUGGCAAGAAGUUCCUUACCCUGGAGAAGUUCACUAUUCACAGUUAUUCCCACUCCAGGGAGCGGCCGUUCAAGUGCUUGCAGCCUGAGUGUGGCAAAGCCUUUGUUUCCAGAUAUAAAUUGAUGAGGCACAUGGCUACCCAUUCUCCCCAGAAAUCUCACCAGUGUGCUCACUGCGAGAAGACGUUCAACCGGAAAGACCACCUGAAAAACCACCUCCAGACCCACGACCCCAACAAAAUGGCCUUUGGGUGUGAGGAGUGUGGGAAGAAGUACAACACCAUGCUGGGCUAUAAGAGGCACCUGGCCCUCCAUGCGGCCAGCAGUGGAGACCUCACCUGUGGGGUCUGCUCCCUGGAGCUAGAGAGCACCGAGGUGCUGCUAGACCACCUCAAGACCCAUGCAGAAGAAAAGCCCCACAGUGGACCCAGGGAGAAGAAGCACCAGUGCGACCACUGCGAAAGAUGCUUCUACACCCGGAAAGAUGUGCGACGCCACCUGGUGGUUCACACAGGAUGCAAGGACUUCCUGUGCCAGUUCUGUGCCCAGAGAUUUGGGCGCAAAGACCACCUCACACGGCAUACCAAGAAGACACACUCCCAGGAGCUGAUGAGAGAGAGUUUGCAGGCUGGAGACCUUCUGAGCACCUUCCACACCAUCUCGCCUUCAUUUCAACUGAAGGCUGCUGCCUUGUCUCCUUUCCCUAUAGGGGCCCCUGCCCAGAAUGGGUUUGCAAGUAGCUUGCCAGCUGAGGUACACAGCCUGACCCUCAGUCCCCCAGAAGCAGCCAUCCAGCCUAUACAGCCACUGCCAGAGUCCCUUGUCUCCCUGCACCCCUCAGUGUCCCCCGACUCUCCUCCUCCCACCCUUCAGAAUCACAAGUACAACACCGGUUCUACCUCAUACCCCCCACUUGCAAGCCUGCCCCUCAAAGCAGAUACUAAAGGUUUUUGCAAUAUCAGCCUGUUUGAGGAAUUGCCUCUGCAAGAGCCUCAGUCACCUCACAAGCUCAACCCAGGUUUUGAUCUGGCUAAGGCAAGUGCUGGUAAAGUCAGCCUGCCCAAGGAGCUGCCUGCAGAUGCUGUGAACCUAACAAUACCUGCCUCUCUGGAACUAACCCCCCUGUUGGGCUUCUGGCAGCUGCCGCCUCCUGCUACCCAAAAUGCCUUUGGGAAUAGCACCCUCACCCUGGCGCCUGGGGAGUCUCUGCCCCACCUGUUGGGCUGUCUGGGGCAGCAGCAGCAAGAACCUCCAAUAGCUGUGGGCACCGUAAGCCUGGGCCAGCUACCCCUUCCCCCCAUCCCCCAUGUUUUCUCAGCUGGCACGGGCUCUGCUGCUAUCCUGCCUCAUUUCCAUCAUGCAUUCAGAUAACUGGUUUUUAAAAGCCUAUUUUUCUUAUUCUGGAAGAUGUUUUAAGAAGCAUUUUAAACAUCAGUUACAAUACAAGGAACGAUUUGGAGAACAGGACUGGGAAUAUGGCUUAUUCAGUGAUGACUGGCUUGAGAUAAGAGAACUCUUGAACUGCAUGUAUUGUGCCAAUCUGUCCUGAGUGUUCAUGCUUUGUACCAAAUUUAAUGGACGCGUGUUCUUUAAUCGAACUGCAAAUACCAUCAUAACCAACAUCCAGAACAACGGCUGCUAUAUAUAAGUGUUUGUCAUAUUGAAUUUAAUCAUAAGCCAUGCUCAUAAUGAUGUUAACUAAGUAACUUUAUGUGGCACUGCCUAGUAAGGGAACUAUGGAAAGGUCUGGAUAUCUCCAAAUUGGGAGAAUUUUUUAAAGAAGAAAAUAACCUUCAUAUGGUAUGUUAUAACUAGGCUGUGUAUUUCUUUUCAGGGAUUUUUCUACCUUCAGGGUUGGAUGUAGUUUAGUUACUCUUAUCAUAGCCAACCUGUAGUUUUACAGAAACAAUUUCUUGUGGAGCAAUAGAUUUCUCCAUUUUAAAACAGCAUUUUAAGUGUAGUUUGAAUAUUUUCCACAAGAUGCUACAAUGUGAGUUAUCACUUCAUUUAUCUUAAAGACUAAACUGGUUGUCAGUUACAUCUGACAGAAAAAAAUAUAUAUAUAUAUCACUGUGUAACCAGAUUAAGCGGUAAAAUAAUCCAGGCGUCAGUCAAAGGCAUUUUGCUGACUUUAAUAUUGAUUAUAUUUUUAACAGGAAUUUAAGAGAAUAUUACUGGAAUUAUAUAUAUAUAUAUAUAAACCAAGAAUUUGCUUUGUCUAGCUUAAAUUACUACUCAAGCUGCUUAAGUUCCUAAGUAUCGUUUUUAAUCACCAAUAAAUAAAUGCAUUUGUAAUUCAUCAGUUUAAGUAAUUAUUAGCUUUUAUUCAAAGAGGAUUACAUUUUACAAUAUAACUGUAAUCUGUCUCUUGAAUUUGGUAUCUUAUUAAUGAAUUUUAAAAAUGUAAAACCUAACCUUUUUAAAAGCUUCUUUGUCUUUUGUUUUUAGAGGCUUUCUUUUUCAUAAACAUAUAUAUCUUACAUAUAAUAAACUUUACAAAUCUUGCAAUACAA